UUACAAGAGUGACGUUUGAUGCGGUGUUGGGUGUGACGGGUGUGACGCUCCUGUCUUCUCUCUUCCGGCGCGAAGUAUAAGGCACUUGUCCCUUUUUAAUUUUGAUUUGACGAGGUCGAAACGUACGCUGCUAACAAUGUGGCAGGCUACAGUUGGUCGAGAUGUCAAGAUCCAGCAAGAUACUCCGGAUGAUGACUGGGAAACUGACCCUGAUUUCGUCAACGACGUCAGUGAGCAGGAACAAAGAUGGGGAAGCAAGACAGUCGAAGGAUCCGGAAGAACGGCAGGAAGUAUUGACAUGAAAAAGCUGAGAGAAGAAACUGAAAGGGCUGAUCAGGAGUUGAAGAAACAAGUUGGACCAAAAAGUUCCCAUGGAUAUGGAGGGCAGUUUGGUGUGGAAAAAGACAGGAUGGACAAGUCGGCUGUCGGCCACGAUUACCUGGAGAAGGUGGACAAGCACGCCUCUCAGAAGGACUACUCUACGGGCUUCGGCGGCAAGUUCGGCGUUCAGUCAGACCGUCAGGAUAAGUCGGCCGCCGGCUGGGAUCACGUGGAGAAGCUGCAGAAACACGACAGUCAGAAAGACUACAAGGCGGGCUUCGGCGGUCAGUUUGGCGUGCAGAAGGACCGACAAGACAAGUCGGCCGCCGGAUGGGACCACGUCGAGAAGGUCGAAAAGCACUCGUCGCAGAUCGACUAUUCGAGCGGCUUUGGUGGCAAGUUUGGCGUUCAGAAGGACCGACAGGACAAGUCGGCAGCCGGCUGGGAUCACCUGGAGACCGUCGACAAACAUGAGAGCCAAAAAGACUACAAGACCGGCUUUGGCGGCAAGUUCGGCGUUCAAACGGACCGCCAGGAUAAGUCUGCCGCCGGCUGGGACCACAUCGAGAAAGUGGAGAAACACGAGAGCCAAAAGGAUUACGCUAAGGGCUUCGGUGGCAAGUUCGGCGUCCAGUCGGACAGACAGGACAAGUCGGCCCACGGGUUCGGUGAGGGUGGCGAGGAGCGUGUCGGCACCAACUACCAGCCCACCAAGCCGGACAAGGACGUGGGCGGUUCGGUGAAGGCCUCCAACCUGCGCUCUCGGUUCGAGAACAUGGCCCGUCAGAGUGAGACCGAGGCCGCCCAGCGUGCGGAGGAGGAGCGUCAGCGCCGCCAGCAGCGCGACGCCCAGGAGAAGGAGCGCGCCGCCGAGCAGGAGCGCUCCAGGAGGGAGCAGCUGCGCCAGGAGGAGGAGCGCAAACAGGCGCUCCUCAAGGAGGGCGAGGAGCAGGCGGCGACCGCGGCGGCGCUCAGGGAAAAAGCGGAGGAAGAGAGGCGAAAGGCGGAGGCGGAGGCGGCUGCUGAGAAGGACAGACGAGAGGCGGCCGCUGCUGAAGAGAGGCAGCGGGCGGCUGCAGAGGCGGCGGAACGGCAGAAGGCGGAGACUGAGAGACAGAAGGCGGAGUCUGAGAAGGCUGCUGCGGCGGCGGCCGAGGCGGAAAGAGCGCGGAAGGCAGAGGAGGAGAGAGCACGGCGGGAGGAGGCAGAGCGGAGGGAGCGGGAGCAGCAGCGGCUGCAGGAGGAGGAGGCUGCACGCCGCGCCGCCGAGGAGCAGGCGGCCAGGAGGCAGCGCGAGGAGCAGGAGGCGGCGCGCAGGAAACAGCAGCAGGAGGAGGAGAGGAUGAAGCAGGAAUCGCUGGCGCAGCUGGAGGAGGCGCAGCGGAACGCCGAGGAGGAGCUGCAGAGGAUGAGGGACCAGCAGGCCGCGGAGGUUGGCAUCCCUCAGACUGGAGUGUCGGCGCGGGCGCUGUACGACUACCAGGCCGCCGAUGACGACGAGCUUACCUUCGAUCCGGAUGAGGUCAUCACCAAUAUCGAUAAGAUCGACGACGGCUGGUGGCGCGGGGAGUGCCGCGGCAUGUACGGCCUCUUCCCGGCCAACUACGUCGAGCUUCUGUAGACGACGGGGCCUGUGUCCGCUCACAAAACAGCCCGCUCAGUUUAUACACAGUCCUGGGUGAGCCACCGCAACGAAAUACCGGCCGCCACACCGGACCGGUAGGCAUUUGUUAUGUAUCGGUAGUGUAUAUUUUGUAUUGUGUAUGCGUGACGUAUCAAUGGCUUCACUGAUAUCGCUUUCUAUGCCAUAGAACAGAAGAGACUGUUCCCAUAAAAGCUUCCAAGCUUGAGAUGAGAGGUGUGGUAAUCUUCUUGCGAGGCGGGCUUGGCCCUCAAGGUGUUGUCUAGAUCUUGCCUAAUUAUCGUGGUUAGUGGAUGAGAUUUUUCGCCGCGCUCAAGUAUCCAGUCUGGAUAGAAUGAAUCAUUGAUGAGUGUUUGAGAGCUUUAUUCCUAAUUUUUCUAGUGUGAAACUAUCUGUGACGAUAUGAUCGAGGAACAACCUUAGCCGUCAUAUGACACGAUCACAACCGAGACGAGGCGGUGAAAUAGAACAACUGAUUGUUAUUUCUCUAAAUAUUCGUACAGGCAUCGUGAAUUCGUAAUGUUUACAAUCAAGCGAUGGAACUGAAUACGCGACGACGCACUUUUGAAUGGUUGGCACAGGGUGUUACCAACAAUGGGCUUUCGCGAUUUUUCAUGCCGAACUUCGGGUUAUUUCGGGCCUCGAAACGUGCGAAUUGAACCGUGUGUAACAGACGCUGUCAACACGCAUUCAUCUUGUCAAUUGACCGGCGUUGAUUACGGCUCUGAAGUGCUGUUCUGUGCUACCGCUGGCUUUGAUACUCGGCGCGGCGAGUGUAAUUGUGCCUGAUCAGGGCCAACCGCGGAAACCCGUUCACUGUCAGAGCCAGCGAGCGGCGCCGGGGCCAGAACUUUGUCAUCAUCGUUUUACCACGCAUCGAUUAUUAUUUAAUAAUAAACAAUCUGCCCCACACGGGUCAA